AUGAGCUUCUCUGGUAUGCUCAACCGCCUGCAUGGCCAGCCAGAGAGCUACGACAAGAAAUCAAAAUACCGAUUCGGCAAAACCCUCGGGGCUGGCACAUAUGGCAUCGUCAGAGAAGCGGAGGGACAGACCGGCAAGGUCGCCAUCAAGAUCAUUCUGAAGAAGAAUGUCAAGGGCAACGAACGCAUGGUGUACGAUGAGCUCGAAAUGCUCCAGCGACUGCAGCAUCCGCACAUCGUUCGGUUUGUGGACUGGUUCGAGUCGAGAGACAAGUACUACAUUGUGACCGAACUGGCGACCGGAGGCGAGCUUUUCGAUCGUAUUUGCGAGCAGGGCAAGUUUACGGAAAAGGAUGCCUCACAAACCAUCAAACAGGUUCUUGGUGCCGUAGAUUACCUACACAGCAAGAACGUUGUCCAUAGAGAUCUCAAACCCGAGAACCUACUUUACCUGAGCAAAGCGCCCGACUCGGAUCUGGUCCUGGCAGACUUUGGUAUCGCCAAGAUGCUAGACAGCAGGGACGAGGUCCUGACAACUAUGGCUGGCUCUUUUGGGUAUGCAGCUCCCGAGGUCAUGAUGAAGAAGGGACAUGGAAAGCCAGUCGACAUGUGGUCCAUGGGUGUCAUCACAUACACACUACUCUGCGGUUAUUCUCCGUUCCGAUCCGAGGGCCUUCAGGAUCUUAUUGAGGAAUGCUCCAAUGCACAGGUAACAUUCCAUGAUAGGUAUUGGCGAGACGUGAGCGAGGACGCAAAGAACUUUAUCAGGUCUCUGCUGCAGGCCAACCCAGACGAUCGUGCGACCAGCGGUCAAGCUCUCAGGCACCCGUGGCUCAGCGGCGAGAAUGCAACGGACCACAACUUGCUGCCCGAAAUUAAGUCCUUCAUGGCGAAGGCGCGACUUCGACGUGGCAUCGAGAUGGUCAAGCUGGCGAACCGCAUCCAGACGCUCAAGCUCCAGGAAGAAGACUUCGACAACACGGACAUGCCGGACGACGCGGUCGAUGCGGCAGAUGCGUCACAGGGCAGUGCAGGAUCGCCUGGUGGCAGCGGACUGUUCAAGCCGGGGGAGAAGAAGACCAUGUCAAAGGCGGUCAAGGGUGCAAUCUUCCGCGAGGUGGUGUUGGCCAAGGUCAGGGAGAUGAAGACGCAAGAGGAGACGCUCAAGGUAGCGGAGGAGGUAGAGAAGGAAGCUCGCAGGAAGAGCUUCACUGGUUCAUGA